AUGACGGUCCCAACAGCGAACACUAUUACAGACCUGGGUUACCACGUGAUAGAGGUCCCAACCUACGUCUGUCAGAUGAUUUACCUGAGUGCACUGGAAUUGCACAAGGCGUUCUCGAAGAUGGCUUUGUCGACAGCGCGCCGGACGCCGGCAUCUCAGAUGCACGAAUCUGGUACACAAGGUGCUAUGCCGGGUGGCACAGUCUGUGACGGCACAAAAGAUUACCAGCCAUUACGAUCGAAGCAAUAUGACCUGAAGAAGCCUCACAUCACAGAGACGCAAAUUACCUGGACCAAUUGGUAUCGCCAUGUCAACUGGCUGAACAGUUUCUUCAUAUUUGGCGUCCCUGUCAUAGGAUUCGUGGCAGCUUAUUAUCAUCCGUUGCAACUAUGGACAGCUGUGUUCAGUGUGAUAUACUACUUCAACACUGGCCUAGGUAUUACAGCUGGAUACCACCGUCUCUGGGCGCACACUUCAUACAAAGCCACAUUGCCUCUACAGAUAUACCUGGCAGCGGUUGGUGUCGGAGCAGCUGAGGGCUCUAUCAGGUGGUGGUCGAAAGGCCACCGGGCACAUCACCGUUACACAGACACCGUGAAGGACCCGUAUUCCGUCCGAAAGGGCUUCAUCUAUGCACACAUCGGCUGGCUCGUCAUGAAGCAGAACCCGAAGCGUAUCGGCCGUUCGGACAUUACCGACCUGAACGAGGACCCUAUCGUUGUUUGGCAGCAUGUGAACUAUCUGAAAUGUGUCAUCUUUAUGGCAUUGAUCUUCCCAACGCUGGUCUGUGGCUUGGGAUGGGGCGAUUGGUACGGCGGAUUCAUCUACGCUGGUGUUCUUCGCGCCACCUUCGUACAGCAGGCGACAUUCUGCAUCAAUUCACUGGCCCACUGGCUCGGCGACCAGCCCUUUGACGACCGCAAUUCCCCUCGUGAUAACUGGAUCACGGCGCUCGUAACACUUGGUGAGGGCUACCACAACUUCCACCACGAAUUCCCCUCGGACUACCGAAAUGCCAUCGAAUGGUACCAGUACGACCCUACAAAAUGGAUGAUUUGGCUGUGGAAGAAGGUCGGUUUGGCCUACGAUCUGAAGCAGUUCCGCCAGAACGAAAUUGAAAAGGGCCGAGUCCAGCAGCUACAGAAGAAGCUCGAUCAAAAGCGGUCCAAGUUGGACUGGGGCGUUCCUCUUGACCAGUUGCCCAUAAUCGAGUGGGAUGAUUUCGUAGCCCAGUCGAAGGCCGAUGGCACCGGCAGGGCGCUCGUCACAAUCGCCGGCGUAGUCCACGAUGUCACGGACUUUAUCAAAGAGCAUCCAGGCGGUAAAGCACUCAUCUCUUCUGCUAUUGGAAAGGACGCCACAGCUAUCUUCAAUGGUGGUGUGUACCUUCACUCGAACGCGGCGCACAAUCUCCUCAGCACUAUGCGAGUUGGGGUCAUUCGAGGCGGAGGUGAGGUCGAGAUGUGGAAGCGAGUUCAUGCGGAGGAUAAGGACAAGCUGCUGGCACAAGAUUCGAGUGGCAAGCCUAUUGUCCGGGCUGGAGACCAGCCAACCAGGAUCGGUCGUGAGACGGCAUGUGCUUCUGCGGCAUGA